CUUGAUCGCAGAGAGGGUUGUAUGUGAGAGUGUGGUAGUGCUGGAGUGAGUGAACCGCCGAUGAAUAAAACUGGUAUCAAGAGUUAGUCCUGCCUCCUGUGUGUUAAGAUGACCAAGCUGGGCUUCCUGCGUCUGUCCUAUGAGAAACAGGACACCCUGCUGAAACUGCUCAUCCUGUCUAUGGCAGCCGUCCUGUCGUUCUCCACCAGACUGUUCUCUGUGCUUCGGUUCGAGAGUGUCAUCCAUGAGUUCGAUCCUUAUUUCAAUUACCGGACCACUCGGUUCUUGACAGAAGAGGGUUUUUACAAAUUCCAUAACUGGUUUGACGAUCGGGCUUGGUAUCCACUUGGGAGGAUUAUAGGAGGCACCAUCUAUCCCGGGUUGAUGAUCACGUCUGCGGCUUUGUAUCACGUUCUACACUUCUUCCACAUCACCAUCGACAUCCGCAAUGUGUGUGUGUUCCUCGCCCCUCUCUUCUCCUCCUUCACCGCUAUCGUCACCUACCACUUCACAAAAGAGCUCAAGGAUGCAGGUGCAGGGCUUCUGGCUGCCGCCAUGAUCGCUGUCGUCCCUGGAUACAUCUCCCGUUCUGUGGCAGGCUCUUAUGACAAUGAAGGUACUAUCUUCAAAUCAAUACAUUGUUACUUAAAUACACAAAAUACAUUAUUUCAAUAACACAAUAACUUUGUGUGUUGGCGUCAGGUGUCCUCCUGGGGUGGUUACGUGUUUCUGAUUAACCUCAUUCCCCUGCACGUGCUGGUGUUGAUGCUUACCGGCCGUUUCUCUCAUCGCAUCUAUGUGGCGUACUGCACAGUCUACUGCCUGGGCACCAUCCUCUCCAUGCAGAUCUCUUUUGUUGGAUUCCAGCCUGUCCAGUCCUCUGAACACAUGGCUGCAUUCGGGGUGUUUGGCCUGUGUCAGAUUCACGCCUUUGUCGAUUACCUCCGGAGCAAACUGAACACGCAGCAGUUUGAAGUGUUGUUCAAGAGUGUCAUUUCGCUGGUUGGUAUCAUCCUGCUCUCUGCAGGUGCAGUGCUCAUGCUAACAGGGAAAAUCUCACCUUGGACUGGCCGUUUUUACUCUCUGCUGGAUCCAUCGUAUGCCAAGAACAACAUCCCCAUCAUCGCCUCUGUGUCUGAGCACCAGCCCACCACCUGGUCCUCCUACUACUUUGACCUGCAGCUUCUGGUCUUCAUGUUUCCAGUUGGCCUUUAUUACUGCUUUAACAACCUCUCCGAUGCCACGAUUUUCAUCAUCAUGUAUGGCGUCACCAGCAUGUACUUCUCAGCUGUGAUGGUGCGUCUCAUGUUAGUCUUGGCUCCCGUCAUGUGCAUCCUGUCAGGCAUCGGCGUUUCUCAGGUCCUCACCACCUACAUGAAGAACCUGGAUGUCAGCCGACCGGACAAGAAGUCCAAAAAGCAGCAGGACUCCACUUACCCAAUCAAAAAUGAGGUGGCAAGUGGGAUGAUUCUGGUCAUGGCGUUUUUCCUCAUCACAUACACCUUCCACUCCACCUGGGUGACCAGCGAGGCGUACUCCUCCCCAUCUAUUGUGCUCUCUGCCCGUGGUGGUGAUGGCAGCCGCAUAAUCUUCGAUGACUUCAGAGAGGCAUAUUACUGGCUCAGACACAACACACCAGAGGAUGCUAAAGUCAUGUCGUGGUGGGAUUAUGGGUAUCAAAUAACAGCGAUGGCCAAUCGAACGAUUUUGGUUGACAACAACACUUGGAAUAACACUCACAUCUCCAGAGUGGGUCAGGCUAUGGCCUCCACUGAGGAGAAAGCCUAUGAGAUUAUGCGAGAACUGGAUGUUAGUUACGUCCUGGUGAUCUUUGGUGGACUGACAGGAUAUUCAUCUGAUGACAUUAAUAAGUUCCUGUGGAUGGUCCGUAUCGGGGGCAGCACGGACACAGGGAGGCACAUAAAGGAACAUGACUACUACACGCCCACCGGAGAGUUCCGCGUGGACCGCGAGGGGUCCCCCGUCCUGCUCAAUUGCCUCAUGUACAAGAUGUGCUAUUAUCGCUUCGGCCAGGUUUACACUGAAGGCGCCCGUCCUCCUGGUUACGACAGAGUUCGUAAUGCUGAGAUUGGCAACAAGGACUUCGAGCUGGAUGUGCUGGAGGAAGCGUAUACUACAGAGCACUGGCUCGUCAGGAUAUACAAGGUCAAAGAUCUUGACAACCGUGGCCUCUCAAGAACGUAAAACCCAGAAACUCACCCCCCUCUUCUCAACACACAGCACUGAACAUCUGCGGGCCCCAUCCCAUGAUCUGAGGAGAAAGAGUGAAGAUUUUUUAUACUUUUGUUGUAAUUGCUGAAAGAGAUUCUUUUCUUACCUUUUGUUUUCUUGGUUUGUUUUUUAAAUUUGAUUGUAAAAUGUGAUGUUUACUGGGGCCAGAAGGUGUCAAAUUAUCACCUGAAAAGGUGAGAAUAAUGUUCAUAAGUCAUUUCUGCAAUCAGCUGGCCAGAUAACUGUUUGAUUUGUCUUUAGUGGGUGAAUAAAGGAGUGACUGGGAUUCAA